AUGGCGGACUCAGCGGGCAAUUGGUGUCUCAUUGAAAGUGAUCCUGGCGUUUUUACGGAAUUAAUCAAAGAAUUUGGUGUUAAAGGAGCUCAAGUGGAAGAAUUAUGGAGUUUGGAUGAUGACCAGUUCGAUAAUUUGAAGCCCAUACAUGGUUUAAUAUUUCUAUUCAAAUGGGUUCAGGAUGAUGAACCAUCUGGAAAUGUUGUUCAAGAUAAUAGAUUGGAUAAAAUAUUUUUUGCAAAACAGGUGAUUAAUAAUGCAUGCGCAACACAAGCAAUAUUAAGUGUAUUAUUAAAUUGUAAGCAUUCCGAUAUAUCGUUGGGGCCGAAUUUGGAGGAAUUUAAAAAUUUUUGCCAAAGCUUUGAUGCCAAUAUGAGAGGGCUUGCUCUUAGCAAUUCCGAUGUAAUAAGAGAAGUACAUAAUUCUUUUUCAAGGCAAACACUAUUUGAAUAUGACUCGAAAAAAGCAUCUAAAGAUGAUGAUGUUUUUCAUUUUGUAAGUUAUAUACCGAUUGAUGGUCGAUUAUAUGAGCUAGAUGGAUUGAAAGAUGGACCAAUGGAUCUAGGUCCAUGUCCACUUGGAGAACAAUGGGUUCAAGCAGCAAAACCCAUAAUUCAAAAAAGAAUAAAUAAAUAUAAUGAGGGAGAAAUACAUUUUAAUUUAAUGGCAAUCGUAACGGAUAGAAAAACGCUAUACGAACGACAAAAAGCUAAUGUUUGUGAUCCGGCCGAGUUGGAGCGUUUACAGACAUUAAUAGAAAAAGAAAUACGAAAAUCCAAGAGAUAUCAGAUCGAAAAUAUCAGAAGAAAACAUAACUAUCUGCCAUUGAUAAUGGAAUUGCUUAAGAUGCUUGCCAAAGAAGGUAAGCUUGUACCUUUGUAUCAAAGAGCAAAGGAAAAGGCAUUGGAAAAACAAUCUAAGAAGAACACAGUUUAAACUUGAAUCUUGUAAUUGGAUGAAAAUAUCGGUGCAUUGUAUGUAUAAUGUAUAGACAUCGAUAAAUAAAUUGUACUGUUCUCUUUUUAAAAAUAAAUGUAAAUAUAAAAAAAAAAUUUUUUUUAUAAUGUCAACAAAUGUAUUAUUCUAAAAUAACGAUGUCAUAUUGGAAGAUUCUGGA